AUACCCCUUAUAAUGGUGUCCUCAUUAUAUGGAUUGGUUAUUAUCUUUACCGUUAAAAUAUGAGUUGUAUCAAGUAGUUCCAUUUUGUGGAGUGUUUUGUAUGGAUAAAAAAACCUAGGUCUCUUCCCUUUUGGAGGCGGAGCCAUAUCUUGUAAAAAAUGUAGUAAUACUCGAAAAAGUCUAAUGUAAACCGCGUGAGUAAGUUGAUCUGUCAGAAAGCAGAGUUCGCACUGCACACAAUAGUGCUAAUUACGGCGUGCAUGCGAUGCGCAAUACAAUGCAAAACGGCGUAACAAUGAUUGUAAUUCCGAAUGUGCGCAGUCAUGCACGAAGCAGGCGAGGGUAGGAAACAAUGCAAGCACAAAGCAAUCAAUAGUAGGCGUGCGAGCACGAGUGUGGCAUGUUAUAGUUGGAUACGUAGCGUGCACGAAGCACUCAAUGAGUUAAGGGAUACUACAUUUAUUAAAAAACUACUAUUUCAUUUUGUACUCCGGCUAACUUUUUAUUUACUAUCACAGAAAUUACUACUUAUUAUUUUCAUGAGCUUGUGCUGUUUAAGAGUAGAUUGGAAAUAAAAAUCAAUAACAACAGUUAUUUCCUUCUCUCUUUUAGGGGUGUAGUCUAUCAAGUUGAAAAAUAUUAUUUUAUAAAAGUAUUUGAAAAUGUCUGAUAAAUCUUAACUAUAUUUCAGCAUAGUCAUGUUAUGAUUACAGAAUUUUGAUUGAUUUAAGAUCCAUAAGAAAAGAAGUUACUCCAAGAACUGCUCCCCGCAAUAAAUUUCUCUUUCUUUUUUGCUUGUUCUUCCUCAGCAUAUCACAGAUUACAAAUUAAUACCUAGAGUACGCUUGGGUAGCUGGCAAUUUUUUCAUUAUACGCUGGUAAUUGUCUUUAACAAAUCUCCACUCAUGAAGAUGAGAAGAGGGAAAUCGUCCGGGGGCACACCCUUGGCCUCUAGCAAGGAUGAAAAGGUGAUGGCUCCCAGCUCCAUAUCCCCAGAACCAAACAUGGAUUCUCCAGGCAAGACUCCUCAGUCUGAGGGUGCAGGAGGGAGUGGGACAGAGACAGAGCCCAAACCAGAGGAAGAGAAGACGGGAGAAAGCAGUAAAACCAAUGUACUACAUGUAGGGACAGGUUCAGCAUCCAUACAGGAGAUGCUAGCUGAGCUAUAUCGUCUUGUCAAAGACACACAUAAGGGCAAGGAAAGGAGUGAGGCAAAUUUAGGAUUGAUCACAAAGACACAAGAGAGUAUUAAUCAAAGUCAGAAGAUAUCACCUUACUAUCGUACCAAACUACGUAGCCUUUACCAGUCUGCAUUGUCAGAUGCAGAAAAUGAAGCAGAAUUAUAUAGAAAAUCAUUGGAGAAGAUCACAGAUAUUAAGAACAUACGUAACGAGCAACGUCUGCAGGCAAGGAGUGCUGGUCAUCAUUCUGACUCUGAUGGACCAAGAAAAAUUAUGAGGAGAGGGGUACUAAUGAACAUGCUGCAACAGACUGCCAUCACAUUACCGCUGUGGAUAGGACGUACAGAGCAAGAAAAACCUCCUCCUCUGUGUGGUGCUAUACCAGCCGAGUCUAGCUACAUAUCUAAACCAGGUGAUUAUAUUGCAGCCAGAGUGAGAGGGAGUGAUGGUGAUGAAAACUGGAUUCUUGCAGAAGUUAUUUCUUUCAACUCGGGCACCAAUAAAUAUGAGGUGGAUGACAUCGAUGAGGAAGGCAAAGAGAGGCAUCUAUUAUCAAGACGGAGAAUAGUCCCUCUUCCUUUGAUGAAAGCCAACCCGGAGACAAACCAAGAAGCUUUAUUUAAGAAGGGAAUGCUUGUGAUGGCAUUGUACCCCCAAACGACAUGUUUCUAUAGAGCAUUAGUAGAGCGACCACCAGAAGGGCCUAUUGAUGACUACUCGGUAUUAUUUGAGGACAACUCCUAUGCAGAUGGCUACUCACCGGCAUUGAAUGUGGCACAGAGGUACGUCGUCCAGGUCAAAGAACCAAGGAAAAGAUGAAGGUAUCUUCAAAGUUUCCAAGGAUGAGCAACAUCUCCUUGACUUCUUAGGAAUGAAUCAAAUCUUUAAGCAAGGUCUCCUUGAAUCUUGAAAGUUAUCAAAACAGUAAGACCUUCAACCAAAGGUGUAUGUGGCAUCUUCUCAUUUUAUCUUUGAAUUUAAGGAUGAUUCAUAGGGUAAGAUCCCUUCGCUAAGAUCUUGAAGGAAGAACCAUCUCUCCUUGACUUCUUACAAAAUAUUAAUGUAGUGAGUUCCUCUUCUUGCAUGCAAUGUCACCUUGCUUUACUAUGCGGAUGAUGUUAGGUAGUUUGCUCUAUCAUCAAGAAUGACUCACUGUGAAAAGCGAUAUCUUGAACACUAUGUCAUCAUCAGGCAUGUACCAACAUGGCCCAUUCAGAAUACUUUUGAUUCAAGCAGUUUGUUGGAACUGAGACCGAAUCAAUUUAAUCGGCCAGUUGACAUAAAUUUCUGGAACUCCCUAGGUUGGAUUCUUGGGGGUGUUUCACAAAGAUUUACGUCUCACUUAAAAAUCACACGUCUGAUUGCAUGUGGUAUAGAACACCUGUCACCGGGCCACCACAUUGAUCAGGUAAAGUUUUAAGGAUGCAUGCUUCUGUGUUAUCAACCAUUACCAUUGUUUGUUUUUAACAAGGCAUCUUAGUCAUCCCCGGUGAGUUGAAAUGGCACUGAUGAAGCCACCUUGCUGUAAACCUAUCAUUGAUGGGUGGAAAUACACUUCACCAAACUGGCUUUGAUAAGUCCCUUUCCCUCCAGCCAUUUCUUGAUUUAUCUACCUGGUAUGUUGAAUUAAUUUUAGUCUAUUAAUAUUUAUUGUUAAAAAAAAGAAAAAGGAAACUAGUGUGUUUAUGUAAGGUUGUUUCAUGAAACUUAAAGUUAAUGUGUAAGAUACUGCAAUCAUGCCAUUUGAUUAGCUAAAAUUUCUUAUUUGUUAUAAAUGUCUUCUAUAGGGCAUGAGUUUUAUCAUUUUUUAAUCUGGUCUCAAUGUCUGUAGUAACCUUUCAUAAUUUAACCUCACCUUGAAAGCAUUUUUAUAUCCAUCCUUACUUAUUUAGUUAACUUUUUGGAUGUUGUAUAAAAUGAUUUGGAUACACAUGCUAUUUAGACUUGAUGGAUUCUCAACUGCACAGGUGAAGCUUCUGCUCCUGCAAUUGCCAUAUCAAUAAUAUCUUACACACCUAUUUCAAAUGACC